AUGUCGUAUUUUCUAUAAUCAAUAGAUCAAUUCGGAGCUUAAUAAAAACUAUAAAUUCCCCCAAUAAAUCCUACAUAAAAAAGUGCUUUUGGUGGAUUAGUAACUCUAGCUUUGUAUGGAAUUAGUUUAGGAUACUUUUUAUUUUAAUUUGUUGAUUGGCAAUAAAAUAAUAAACUUCCCAAAGUAACAUCUCUUUAAGACUAAAUUGGUGAAAAUUAGUAAUUGAAUAUAAAAGGAGUAUUCGCUGAAAUAAUUUACAUUAAAGAACUUAAAAAUUAAAUAGAUCCUUUUGAUCCAGAGAAUUUGAUAUUAUAACCAUUUUUAAUUAGCUUUACCAAUAGUUAUUCAAAUGUAAAGUAUAUUUUUAACUAGGCAACAAUUAUCAAUGCUACAUUUUCAAAAAAUACAACGUAAAAUGGAUAAAUUUUUAAUACCCUAUUUCUGUAAGAUAUUGUACUUUAAAAUACACCCAUAAACUCGAUACAUAAUUAUUAUACUAAUUAUGAAUUAUCAAUUGGAUAUUGUAAUCAAGAGUAACUUUAGGAUGGAUAAAAAUGUGCCAAUUAAGAUUUAGUCGAUAAAUUUUUUUUAUAGGAUAACGAGUUUUAAUUGUUGAUUUAUUUUGAACAAUUUGAUCAAAGAAAUAAAAAAAUCAUUAAAGUUCCUAGAAUAUUUAUUUUCGAUAUCAUACAAAAUUAAAUCUUCUAUAAUUAAUUUGUAUUAAAAGUAGGAGAAUUGACUUUGGAUGAUGGAUUUUUAUUUCCAAACUCAAAUAAACUCACCUAUCUUUCCGAUGUGACUAUCUUAAGUACCUAAUAUGAUCAAGAAUUUUCAAAAAAGGUUUUUGGCAAGGAAUUAAUCUCACUGUUAUAUUUUAAUUUAGAUUAAAUAAAAAUAGUAAAUAUGGUUGAAUAUCCUAAAAUAUCAGAAAUAUUAGCAGAUACAGGUUCUAUUAUAACUUGGAUUCUUUCAAUAUCAUUUAUAGUAUCAAAAUAUAAUGAAAAUAUUUGCUUAUAAAAAACAUAAAAUGAAGUAAUUUAAAUGUAUUAUCAUGAUUUCAUUGAUUUUAAAAUACAAAAGAAUUGGUUAGGUAAAGUCAUUAAGGUGAAUUAUAAAGAAAAAGAGUAUGAUCCUAAAAAAUCAGAAGAAAUUCUAUCUAGAUUAAAUCAAAUUGUUAUUGAGAAAAUGAAUUACUUAAAUUUAUAAAAUGAAGUAGCUAAGUAAGUAUUUUUGAUCAAAUUAAAUUAGAUUAUAAUUAAUUUUAUAAGAACAUUUAGGAUUGCAAUAAAUUAAAAAAUAUUUAGACUCAAAAUCUAAAUUAGAACUUCUUUUUGAGAAAUUAUGCAUACAUGAAAAAACACCAAAAUAAUAAAUAAAUUAAAUUGUAUUUUUUUUUUAAUUUUUGAAGCAUAUUUUAAAUGAGCAGUAAUUUGGGAGGGUUUCAUAUUCAAUAGGAGAAAGUGAAAUAAGAGCUAUUUAUAAUAUAUCUUUGGAUUAAGAAAUAGAAGAAAAAAUAGGAUUGUUAUCCAUAAAAAUAGUAGAUAAUAGCUAAAAUGAAAAACCUAACAGCAAUUAAGAUAUAAUAUAACCCCUUAACAAUUUUAGUGCUUAAUUUUAAGUCAUUAAUAUUGAAUAGUCAGUUGAUACUAGAUGA